AUACACUCUUCCAUGGCCCAAACUUUAGAGGGAAGCCUUUUUGAAAAUGUGGAACCGCCUCCCAUCUGAACUCCUUGCUAACAUCUUCUCCUUCCUCUCUCCGGACUCCUUGGCACGUGCCAAGACAGCAUGCCGGUACUGGCGCACUUGUGCCAAUUCAUACCCAUUGAGCACCGCCGCAUCAAUGGUCCGGCACCACCAAGCAUGGUUUGUAGCUCUGCCCACACGCAGUCGUGGGCUAUGUUGCUAUCUUCACAAUCCAAAUAUCGACAAGUGGCACGUCUUAUCUCUCGAUUUUCAACCCCACCCGACCCGACCCAUUGCCUCGAUAGGGAGCCUAAUCCUUUCAAGACCCACAGAUUCUACAACUCUCCAAUUAGCUAUAAGCAACCCUUUCACUAAGGAAUUCAGGUGCCUUCCAAUGCUGAAGAUUGCAAGGACUAAUCCAGCUGUUGGUGUUGUGAUCUUAGGCCCAGCCCAACACGGCCCAUCUUUACAUUUUCGAGUCUAUGUAGCAGGAGGGAUGUCCGAAGCUCCACGUGGAGCUGCCACGUAUGAGCCCACAAUGGAAGUGUACGACUCGGAGGAUGACGCGUGGAGAAUUGUGGGGUCAGUGCCAGUGGAAUUUGCGGUGAGGCUAACGGUCUGGACCCCUAAUGAGAGUGUCUAUUCUAAAGGGGUGCUAUAUUGGAUGACCUCGGCCCGGGCUUAUAGCAUAAUGGGCUUUGAGAUUAGGUCCAAUAAAUGGCAGGAAUUGAGUGUGCACAUGGCAGAUAAGCUUGAAUUUGCCACAUUAGCUCAGCUCAAUGGGAGGCUGACACUUGUCGGUGGCACGAGUGGUGGCGAUGCCUGUGUGUGGGAGCUGGAUGAAAGACACGCGUGGUGUUUAAAAGAGAAGAUGCCAGUUGAAUUGACAAGGAAACUUUUAGGGGGGAAGGCGAGCUGGGCUACAACUAAAUGUGUAAGGGGUGAUGGGGCUAUAUGUUUGUACAGAGACCUUGGUUCAGGAAUGGCGGUGUGGAGAAAGGUUGGCGAGAGAGGUAGAUGGGAAUGGUUCUGGGUAGAGGGUUGUUGUUCAAUAAAAGGCAAACGAGUACAAAACUUGCCGAUCAAAGGUGUUCUGAUUCCUCCCAAUCUUGCUCCUUCUUGUGCGUUCUCCAAGCAAAGACGAUGAGGCAUUGUGCGGAUGUGCUGUGAAUCUUGCAGCAGCGUAGCAGUAGGGCCUUCGCCAGGGCCUUGUCCCUCUUUCAUUUGCAAUGUAAUAUAUAUAUUAACAGUUGAGUGGUAAUUGGCUUGUGAAUCGUGGAUUCUAUGCGAAAGGAAUAAUUCUCUUUUGAGAACAAAGGAUUCACGAGCUCGGGGUAUUUGCACUGACGUUCCUCGCCUUUGAAAUUUAUUAACCAAAUAUAUUAUUUGCACUAAAAAUUGUAACUUCUCCA